AACGGGACUGAGAUAUAUUUGAUUUUCCAUAACAAAGCUUUUUUUCCCUCUUCUUUUACACAGCCUUGUUCGUGCUCUGACUUAUCAACCCCUAUUCCUUCUCUUCCUUCCUUAAUAAUAGCACCUCUCUCUCUCUCUCUCUCUCUCUCUCUCUCUGAUAUACUCGUGGGUUCUCUGUUACUUCUUGAUCAGCGAAGUCAGUGCUCGGAUAUGGGAUUGAGGAUUGGUCCAAAUCCAACUGGUUGGCUGCCUUUUCAGUUUACAUCCCCUUUUCUACUUUGUUAUGCCCCAAACUCGGCCAAAAAAGAAAACAUUUACCCUUCCAUGUUGAAAACAUGUGGGGGAAGCAAUACAUUCCUGGCUUACCGAUUGUCUUACCAACCCGCUCGUUCCCGGUCACGUUAUUGUAGAGAAAAUGAAGUAAGGCUAGCUUGUGGAGCGAAUUUUGAUGAACUCUCCGAUGAAGAAACGAUGAAACAGAUGCACGAUGAAAUUGACAAGAAAACUGCUUGCACAGUAUCGGAAACCUCGGGAAAAACUAGGCACAUAGAAGGUGAAGAUAACGUCAAGUUAUGGCACGUUGCAGCUUUGAAGCUUCAUUCUUUGGAACCUUCCUUGCUGGGUAUCCAGCCCGAGCCACCGCAGUGGCCCGAGAGAGAUGAGGUUCUUCGCAUUAGCAUUCAAAGGAGAGUGAACAGAAUGGAAAUCCCCAUAUCGCUUCGCAUAAUCAAGAGGAAGCAGCAAUGGGAAGAGAGUUUGGAAGAAGCGGGGGACUCUACUUACUGUUCUAUGAUGAGGGCCUUCUCAUCAAUGGUAUUUAUAAUCAGAGAGCUUCAGAGCUGCGCGUUACAAAUGAGGGGAAGUCUCUAUUCUGAAGAUUUGCGUGGGAUUGUUGAGAAGGUACAGAAAGAACUGAAUGCGUCAUUUGUUUGGGUCUUCCAACAAGUUCUUUCGCGGACUCCGACUCUUAUGGUUUACGUGAUGAUUCUUUUGGCUAAUUUCACGGCAUGUUCUAUGGCCGAUAACUUAGGGUCUUCCAUGAGCUUAAGUCCUUGUUCUCAUGGAACUAUCACAGAGACUGAGAACAAGGAUCGACCUCAGUUUAAGCUCGGUCUUAUGGAAAUUAGGCCAGGUACUGCUGCUGCUGGUCGCAGCGGCAGAUUAAACCCUGUUGUUGAUGACACUGAGGGUGGGGACAAGGACUUGAGAAGAUCGUAUCUGUCUAUGAAUGUUGUUCCUGUUGAGAUAUCUGAGAUUUCAUUGCUUAGAAAUAGGGAGUUGAUCACAGAGGAGGAGGUAAAUUUGUGGAAUUCAGUGGUGGAAGAAGCUUCUAGAAUGCAGGCAGAGAUGAGCGGGGAGGCUCUUGAUCAUAAAACGAAGCAACACUUAGUGUCUCCGAUGACUGUGGAGCUGGAACCAGAUGAUUAUGAGGAUUACUUUAGGACAGAUCUCUUUUACCAGUUGGGGUUAUCCCGGGAGCCAAAUAAUACUCUUCUGCUGUCAAACUAUGCACAAUUCCUCCACCUCGUUUCUCAUGACAAUGACAGGGCAGAAGAGUGCUUUAAUCGUGCAUUGCUGGUAGAUCCUAUGGAUGCUGAAGGACUGUGUCGAUAUGCAGACUUUCUGUGGAUGGCAAGAAAGGACCUGUGGGGAGCAGAAGAGAAGUAUGAGCAAGCAAUGGCAGCUGAGCCAGGCAACCCUUAUUAUGCAUCCAAGUAUUCUAAUUUCCUUUGGAGCACUGGUGGUGAAGAUACUUACUUCCCACUCAAUACAUUUUACGAUGGCUACAACAAAGUUUUGUGAUCGAGGAGAGGCAGUGUCAAUGGCAGAACGCCAUUAGAAUCUCAUUAUGCUAUCCAUAUAUUUUAGUCUAUUAUUCCUUAAUUUCUCAGUGCUGCCACGAAGUUUGGAAUAUACAAAUGCGUAUGUGAUGCAUGUAUAUGACCCAAAGGCUGUGGAGCAGAGAGAUAUUCUCAAGCCUUCUUGUUUCCAUGAAUUCGGACCCUUUGAUGACAGAAAUAACUUGCAGCGAAUCCAAUUUCAAAGUA